ACAGUACCCGCCUCUUAUCACUAAGGCGAAAAAAAAAAAAAAAAACAAGCACCAGUUCAUCUUCUUCCCUCCUUAGUUCCAUUGAGAGAAAUUAGCAUCAACAAUGCUCUCUCUGACGGAUUCAAUUCGAAUUUCUUCACCUUUAAGCGAUUCUCGUCUGAGCUUUCUAUCUCAAACCGGAAGCAGAACCAGUCGCCAGCUUAAAUUUGUUCGCAGCCGCCGGGCUCGAGUUUCGAGGUGUAGAUGCUCAGCAACGGAGCAACCGCCACCGCAACGACGGAAGCAACGACCGGAGAAGUACAAACAGUCGGAGGAAGAGAAAGGAAUCGAUCCUGUUGGAUUUCUCAGCAAAUACGGCAUUACUCAUAAAGCGUUUGCUCAAUUUCUUCGUGAAAGAUAUAAAUCAUUGAAGGACUUGAAGGAUGAAAUAUUGACUCGUCAUUUCAGUCUCAAGGAGAUGUCUACUGGGUAUGAAUUAAUGGGUAUGCAUCGUAACAUGCAACAUCGAGUGGAUUUCUUGGAAUGGGCUCCAGGUGCUCGCUACUGUGCUCUGAUUGGUGACUUCAAUGGGUGGUCAACAACUGGUAACUGUGCCAGAGAGGGUCAUUUUGGUCAUGACGAUUAUGGGUAUUGGUUUAUUAUUCUUGAAGAUAAAUUACGUGAAGGAGAAGAACCUGAUAAAUUGUAUUUUCAACAGUACAAUUACACGGAGGACUAUGAUAAAGGUGACACGGGUAUUACCGUCGAAGAAAUCUUUAAAAAAGCAAAUGAUGAGUAUUGGGAACCUGGAGAAGAUCGCUUCAUUAAAUCACGUUAUGAGGUGGCAGCAAAGUUAUAUGAGGAAAUGUUCGGACCAAAUGGACCUCAAACAGAAGAGGAACUAGAAGCAAUGCCUGAUGCAGCUACACGAUACAAAACUUGGAAAGAGCAACAAAAAAAGGAUCCAGCAAGCAAUUUGCCAUCGUAUGAUGUGGUAGAUAGUGGAAAAGAAUAUGAUAUUUACAAUAUUAUAGGUGAUCCUGAAUCGUUUAAGAAAUUUCGUAUGAAACAGCCUCCUAUUGCUUACUGGUUAGAAACUAAAAAGGGAAGGAAAGGCUGGUUACAGAAAUAUAUGCCUGCUUUACCUCAUGGAAGCAAAUACAGGGUGUAUUUUAACACACCAAAUGGGCCUCUUGAACGAGUUCCUGCGUGGGCCAAUUUUGUCAUUCCAGAUGCAGACGGGAUGCAAGCAUUAGCAGUCCAUUGGGAACCACCUCCUGAAUAUGCUUAUAAAUGGAAACACAAGCUACCAGUCAAGCCUAAGUCCUUGCGCAUAUAUGAAUGUCAUGUUGGCAUCUCUGGCCAGGAACCAAAAGUUUCAUCUUUCAAUGAUUUUAUUAGCAAGGUCCUUCCGCAUGUAAAAGAAGCUGGAUACAAUGCAAUACAAAUUAUUGGAGUUGUUGAGCACAAGGAUUAUUUCACUGUUGGAUAUAGAGUGACCAAUUUUUAUGCUGUUAGUAGCCGUUAUGGCACACCGGAUGACUUCAAGCGCUUGGUUGAUGAAGCACAUGGGCUUGGACUGCUUGUCUUUUUGGAGAUUGUGCACUCUUAUGCAGCAGCAGAUGAAAUGGUUGGGUUAUCUCUUUUUGAUGGAGCAAAUGAUUGCUAUUUCCACACUGGUAAACGUGGACACCACAAAUUCUGGGGCACACGGAUGUUCAAAUAUGGAGAUCUUGAUGUUCUGCACUUUCUUCUUUCAAAUCUGAACUGGUGGGUGGAGGAGUAUCAUGUCGAUGGCUUCCAUUUUCAUUCGCUCUCGUCCAUGUUGUAUACGCAUAAUGGAUUUGCUUCAUUUACUGGUGACAUGGAUGAAUACUGUAACCAAUAUGUUGACAAGGAGGCCUUAUUGUACCUCAUUUUAGCAAAUGAAGUAUUACAUGCUCUUCAUCCUAAUGUGAUCACGAUUGCGGAGGAUGCAACUCUGUAUCCUGGACUCUGCGAUCCAACAUCUCAAGGUGGACUGGGCUUUGAUUAUUUUGCCAAUCUUUCUGCCUCAGAGAUGUGGCUUGCAUUACUUGAAAAUACUCCUGAUCAUGAAUGGUGCAUGAGUAAGAUUGUUAGCACAUUAGUGGGCGACAGACAAAAUACUGAUAAAAUGCUUUUGUAUGCAGAAAAUCACAACCAGUCCAUUUCUGGAAGUCGUUCCUUCGCAGAAAUACUGAUUGGUAACUCCUUGGGGAAAUCUUCCAUAUCACAAGAGUCAUUACUUAGAGGCUGCUCGUUACACAAGAUGAUCAGAUUAAUUACAUCUACAAUUGGUGGUCAUGCAUACCUCAACUUCAUGGGCAAUGAAUUUGGUCACCCAAAGAGAGUAGAGUUUCCAAUGUCAAGCAACAAUUUCUCCUUUUCACUGGCUAACCGUUGCUGGGAUCUAUUGGAAGAUGUUGUACAUUAUCAAUUGUUCUCAUUUGAUAAGGAUAUGAUGGACUUGGAUAAAAAUGGGAGAAUUUUGUCCAGAGGUCUUGCCAACAUUCACCAUGUCAAUGAUACUACCAUGGUGAUUUCUUACUUGAGAGGUCCCAAUCUCUUUGUGUUCAACUUUCAUCCUGUCAAUUCAUAUGAAAGAUACAUUAUAGGUGUGGAAGAAGCUGGAGAGUAUCAAGUCACAUUAAAUACAGAUGAAAACAAGUAUGGUGGUAGAGGACUACUUGGCCAAGAUCAAAAUAUUCAAAGAACCAUUAGUAGAAGAGCUGAUGGAAUGAGAUUUUGCUUGGAAGUGCCUCUGCCAAGUAGAAGUGCUCAGGUCUACAAGUUGACCCGAAUUCUAAGAGCAUGAUCACUCUAGUAAUCAAAGUGCCUCAUAUGAUGACACAAAAGGAAAGGUUCUACAUUGCCCUUACACUGAUCAAUAUUGACACCUUUCCGAGGUGAGUUUCUGUGAUUCUUGAGCAGACUGUUGGCUAGUCAAUUAUCAUGAACUUUUGCCUUCAGCAUCCGGAUAGUCGCUUCUCCUGUGCAAUGAGGGCAUGGACGAAAUUUUUUUGGCUUGUCAUGGGGGUCAUAAGCAUCUGCCAGAUUAAGAUUUCACAGGCCUCGAGUAAAACCAUCACUUACUUUAAGGAUACACAAACACACCAACGGGGUGCAGGCUCUGAUACCUUUAAAGUUGCCAGUGUAUAUAAGAGCAUUCAAAUUGAUGAGAACUUCAAUUUGGUAUCAGAUGUUGAGUCAUGUUUUGUAAACAUUGUGGCCUGUGGGUAUCAAGUUAUCGGUUCAAGAUAUACAAACAUCUCUAAGAGAAGGGCAUACAUCCUGAGU